UCUGACUUCACCAGGCAGGAAAAAAAGUGGGUGUUGCUGCGCCGUAGUGUUUGGUUUGGUGCGAUGCAUCUUCAUGACUGUUUUUAAACACAAGAGUAGCGGUUCACUGUGCUUAGGGACUGCGGUGAAGCGAUCCGCCUCGUGCAGAGCAAACAUCCAACCGUUGAGACGUGCAGGCCACGCGCCGCCGUGCAGCGGGGAAAAGCUAGCUCCAACCAGGCGAGAGGGGAGAGCCUUGUCGGUGAGCCAUGGGUUUCCGCAAGAAGAACAAGAGCCCACCGGUGCUGAGCCACGAGUUUGUGAUCCAGAAUCAUGCCGAUAUGGUUUCGUGUUUGGCCAUGAUUAUCCUUCUCGGCCUGAUGUUUGAGGUCACAGCAAAAUUUGCCAUCAUGUUCAUCACAGUCCAGUACAAUGUAACACAAGUUCUUGAUGAGAAGAGUGAGCCGGUGAACCUGUACCAAUACGGCCCUAAAGAUGUGGCCACUGUGUUUUUCUACCUGCUGAUAGCAGUCAUCCUUCAUGCGUUAAUACAGGAGUACAUUCUUGAUAAAAUGAACCGGAGGUUGCAUCUGUCAAAAACCAAACACAGCAAGUUCAACGAGUCUGGACAGCUCGCAGCGUUCUACCUGUUCUCCUUCAUCUGGGGCUGCAGCAUCCUCACAGCGGAGGACUUUGCUACAAAUCCUACUUUCUUAUGGGAGGGUUACCCCCACACUCACAUGGUUUUUCAGGUCAAGUUCUUCUACAUUUGCCAAAUCGCCUACUGGCUCCAUGCACUCCCCGAGUUGUACUUUCAGAAAGUACGAAAGGAGGACAUCCCCCGUCAGCUCUACUACAUUUGCCUUUAUGUUGUCCACAUCACUGGUGCCUAUGUCUUAAACCUCCACCGACUGGGCCUGGUGCUGCUGGUCCCUCACUACCUGGUGGAGCUCUUGUUCCACGCUUCACGCCUUUUCUACUUCAGUGACGAGAACAAGCAGAAAGGAUUUACUCUUUGGGCGCUGCUUUUUGUCAUCGCCCGCCUCCUCACUCUCACACUCUCGGUUCUGACGUUUGGCUUCGGGCUGCCCCGUACGGAAAACCAAGGCUUUUCUCUAGCAGAAGGAAACUUUAAUGUACUCACCAUAAGGAUGACUUGUCUGGCAGCUAUCUGUCUGACACAGGCCUGGAUGAUGUGGAAAUUCAUUAACUUCCAGUUGAAAAAGUGGAGGGAGCACAGUCAGAACCAGGCGUCAAAGAAAAAGGUGGUCAGUCCAAAGAGCAAACCCCACAAAAGAGAGCCUACAAGGGGAGGUGCUGCCAACGGGGUUGUGAAGUUAGAGGAUAAAGCAUCGCCACGGGCACGAAAAGCCAAAGCUUCAUAGAGAUGGAAGAAUUAGAAGAAGGAAAAAACUGAGUGAGGGAGCUCUGACAAUGUGACAUUACGUCUUUACACAACUUCAGAUUCUGUCUACUGCUCUCCAAAACUAAUGUUUAAGCGCACUAAGAAACCUUACGUAACUGUCCCUUUGUAGUCGAGACUCCUUUAUGAGAAAGGUUCAGUGUUACUGUCUGAUAGAAGUGUUUAUUAUUGCUUUGGGUUGUCUGCAGAUGGGACUUUUGCAGGACAGAGGUGGUUUUUAUGCUUUAACAGGAUAGAUUUAGCUCUACAAAGUGUCCUUUUGUGUUAAACGGGCUGGGUACUUUUAACUAGGUUGUUCUUGGAUUAUUUGAUGGAUCAGUUCACCUCACAGUACUGUUAAAAAAAGCGGAUUCUGACUUCAGGGCAACUUAAUAUAAAGUGUUAAAGUACAGAUUAGCUGUACGGGAUGGUAUUUUAAGUUUGGCCUUAUUUAGUUUAACUUGCAAGCCUUUCUCUGGAAGACAACACUAUGAUACUCUGCUGUUGUCUGAAAAAGAUCCUAAAUUAUCUACUCCAGAGGAAUAUUUGUGCUAUUUAGAUAUUCAGCAGCCAGAAAACUGAAGCUUGUACUUAACUCCUUGAUCAUUUACUGCCAUUAUGUGACAGCCUCUGCCUUUGAAAUCCUACAUGUUACAGGAUGGAGGCGCUAUAAUGUUUUUGCUUUUAUCACUAGCCUGGUUAGCACCUUGUUAAAGGGGCUCAUCCAGGUUUGGUGACUCACCAAUAGGAAGCUGUACUGUAACCUGUGCUGCUGUAGUGUAUGCACGCAGUUCAACCCUUAUAAUGGCAUGAUGGGAAAGCAAGAAACUGUCUGAGGCUGUGAUGAAGUCUUCUGUGCGAUAAUGUCAAUGCAUGAUGGUUUGAGGCUAAAGACUUUCUGGCUGUCUCCUAACUGUGCUGUUGAGUUUGCAUCUCUCUCUCACACACAUACACAAACACACAAGCAUUCAGUGGCCUUUUUACAACUGCUGCAAGAGGUUUGAGUUAUUUAUUUUUGCCAUAUACUCCAGAAGAUAUUAUUUUGUAUGCUUUGAGAAGCUAUAACCAGCAAACACGGCGGUACAUAGCAACUGCGUUUAGUUAAUCCAAACAAUACAAUCUUUCUUCAAGUGUCCUUAUAACGUCGCUGGUUUGUAUCACUCGUUCUGCUUGUGUUGCGUUGUGUUUGCCUUCUCUGUUUGCUCUCUUAUUCUUGGGUAUCAGGGGAGAUGCUGUCUUACCCUAGAAGUACCAUCCCAUGAUGCAAUGGGAGGUGUGUUUGGAAAGAUGGAUGUGUUUGUAUGCCUGUGCACUUAACUCUCGUGUGGACAGUAUUGUUUUUUGCCUACUGUGUAUGUGAAUUAACUGGGCGUGGAUGAUUAUGAUGACAACGAUGUUUACUGCUUGUCUCGUAAAAAAAAUUAUAUAUAUAUUGCCUGCGUGCAGAGCAUGAAAUGUGACAAUCUGUUUAUGGACUCCUGCCCUCCUUGAUGGAUUUCUCCAUCAUUUCUCGUCUUUCCGUUCACUUUGGUUCGCCCCGUCUCAGCUCCAACAGCACCUCUGUGUGUGAAACACUUGAGUUGUGGAUCGGUGUGUGGUCUAUAGGUUACUAAAUGCUUAUGUGCUCAAUGUCUUCACCUCUCAGAUGACCUUUCCUGUGUGAGAGAGAAUCUGUGCUUUCUGUUUGCCAAAUGUGGCAUGUGUGGUCCUCUUAGCUUCACCUUUUCAAUGAUUCUGACACUGCUACAGAGUGAACGCACGGAACUGUUGUAAGCCACAUCUCUCCACUCAUGGACUAACUCCUGCCCUCAUACUGGCUGUGCUUAAGCUGAUGACUGGUUGCUGUCAGAGACAGACAACCAGGCAUGCUCACAUUCACACCAAUAGACAGUUUAGAGUCACCAAUUAACCUAAUGAGCAUGUUUUUGGUAGCCGGAGUACCCGGAGAGAACAUUCAAACUCCUUACAGAAAGGCCUUGACCAGGAAGUGAACUAGGGACCUUCUUGCUGUGAGGCAACAGCGCAAACCCCUGUACUGCCAUGCAGCCCUUAAACAAUAGAAUAUCCACAAUUUUAAUCAUGAAUAAUACUGAAAGGUGAAUAAGCUUUAACAAAACCCCACACUGAAAUCAGAGGGUUGUCUAAAUUGCACAGAUAAGCUGGAAACAUUUUGUCCAACAGAGCCGGGCACACACAUCCCUUGAUCUAUUAGUCCGUUAUUCUAAUAAUCUGUUUAUUUUCUGUAUUAAAUAUCAAUUAAAAAUGAUAACUGAAUGCUUUAACUUCCAUAACAGUCAGUUUCAGGGCGCUGAUUAAGCAAAGUGGAUAGAGCAGGUACCCCGAUAUAAAGUCUCCUCAGUGCACUGGUAACGGGAUCAAUUCCCAGUCUCAUCGCUAUUUGGAGCUCAUCUUCCCCCAUUCUCACUCUCCCCAAAUUUCAAGUCUCUCUCCAGCUGUCCUGUCAGAAUAAGAGCAAAGCACCCCCCAAAAAAAUUAUCUUAAAAAAGAAGUUGAACUUUUGAUUAACUGUGCCCACCUCUGGUUUCCAACAUAUUUGUGUUUUAAAAACAAGACAUUACCAAAAAAUUAUUUGGAUCUCUUUUUGGGGAUUGUCUAGGAAUGCCUGAUAUUGGAUUUUUGCCAAUAUCUGAUUUUGAUAUCCGUGUAUAAAUGUAGUUGAAAUUUCCAUCCUUCAAACAAACUUUAAAGUUUAAUGAGGAGGAUGAGGAAAAAAGAAAGAAAAAGACUACAGCUGACGUAAGCCUGUUGUUCCUGCUUCAGAUCCAUACAUUUUUUCAUGUGUACGGCUGAUAUUUAAAGAUAAUAAAGGCUGAUUUUUACAGCCAAUAUAUCAGUUGCAAAAGUCAGCAUAAAUUUUAUAACCUGUGGAUACUGCUGAUUUUAUACCCAGUAUCUGCCAGUACCAACAUCGUUCAUCCCUGGAUUUUUCUAGUUUUGAAAAAACAGUAAUAGACACCAUUUGAAUUUUACUUAUAUUAAACCCAGAUAAGACGAAGAAAGGAGAUGGAUAGUAUCAUAUCAAAGGUUAAAGCUCCUGGGAGAAACUUAGAGGUUAUGCUUUUGACUUGCUCCUUUUUAAAUCUGUUUUCUGAGCAAAAAAAGUAUUUGUGUCCCCUUUAUUUCAAGCAUAUUGUAUAACUUGCAACUCACAAUAACUCUUUGUAUUUUAAUAUUUCUUCAACUUGUUGUCAGUAGCAUCUGACACCUACCCUGCAGCAGGAAAGAUACAGCGCCUAUAAGAAAUAAUAAUUCCCAUGGAUGGUUGAUCUUUCAUUGGUUUUAUUAAUCAAUCUUGAUCAAUAUAAUUUGGGUUUUUUGUCAAAGUGAAAACAGAUUUCUACAAAGUAAUGUCAGUCAGAUAAAAAAAAUGUAAUGUAAACUUAGUGGCUACAUAAAUAUUCACCACUUUCAAGUCAGUGUUUAGUAGAAGAACCUUUGGCUGCAAUCACAGCACUGAGUCUGUGUGGACAGGUCUCAAUCAGGCUUGCACAUUUGGACACUGUAACUUUACUCUAUUGUUCUUUGCAAAACUGCUCAGACUCUGUCAGGUUGCACAGGGAUCGGGUGUCCUUUUCCAGUCCAGCCACAAAUUCUCUUGGAUUUUGAUUUUGGUUUAGACUUCCCCACUCCAGAACAUUCACCUUGUUGUCUUUACACCGUUUCUGUGUAGCUUUCGAUGUAUGCUUCAAGUCAUUGUCUUACUGCAAAAUAAAUCUCCCAACCCGUAGUUGUCUUGCAGACUGAAUAAGAUUGUCCUCCAGGAUUUCACUAUAUUUUGCUGGAUUUAUUUUACCCUCUUCCUUUACAAGCCGUCAAGGGCCUGCUGUUGAGAAGCAUCCCCACAGCAUGAUGCUGCCACCACCAUUUCACAGUGGCAAUGUUGUGUUUGUGGAGAUGUGCAGUGUUUGGUGUCUGCCAGACAUAAAAUCUUGUCUGGUGGCCACAAAGCUGUGUUUUAAUCUCAUCAGACCAAGGAACUUUCUUCCACUUCACCAUGGAGUCUCUUACAUGCCUUUUGGUGAACUCUAGUUUUGAUGAGUUAUCUUGAACAGUGGCUUUCUCUUUACCACUCUCCCAUAAAGCUU